UGUUACUGGAAAAAGCACUUGUCCCAUGAUUGUUCACCCUGUGGCCUCUUUUCUUUUUGCUUCGCCUGGCUCCAAAUGGACAAUGGCCUUGUGGGGUGAUGGCAUGAUUGCUCCAAAAUCUCAGCCAAGCUUGUUCGCGUUCGAAGUUUUGGCUGUGUUGGAAUUCAAAGGUGCAAUCUAUCUCAUGGAACGGUUAUUAUAGUCAAGUUCACUGGCUCAGUAGCCUGGGGCCUAGAUCUCUAUACAUUUAAAAGUAGGUAACAAACAUUCUGAAGACCCAGCUGCAAACGUCUCUGGGCAACAUGGCUUGUGCAAUGAAGGGCAAACUGGACUCCAUCGAGACCAUCCUAAGUCAAAAGAAGGGGCAAGUCUCAGGAAAGUUGCAGGAGAAGUUCAAGGUCCCGGAACGCGGCAGCUUCACCAAAAAAAACAAUCUUGAGUUUUGCUGGGCAGAUUUGGUCUCCGGUUUUCAUGAUGCCUGCACAGACUACAAGCGAGACCGAGUAGGCCCUCACGUGGUACCAGUGGAAAUUACCCUCGGUCGCGCCCUGGCGUUGGAUGGCCCAAUUGGUCAGGUCUAUGGAGGGGAAGCCCACCACUUUCAGCUGAAACAUCCCAACUACGCCUUCAUCGGUGCUCGCCAUCAACUUCGACGAGUACACCUUGCACUCUAUAAGAAGUACAAGUACCUUGAUUAUGACAAUGAUCUGACCAUCUUCUCUUCAAAUUUGUUGGCCAUGACGGAGUCGGAGAUGAAGACCUAUGCAUUGCUGAUCCGCAUGUUAGAGAAGUUCUAUUGGAAGCGCUUGCUGCGGCCCGAGGUUGACGACGAAACUCAUGGGCAGCAACGCAGUCAGGAGCAGGCCCGUCAGGUGCUGAGGAGCUACCGGCAUUUUUGCCCAGUCACCUUUGCCGCCCUGAGACAACGAGGCUUUGAGGAAAGUCUCGUGAAGAUCGUAGAUCAGUGGUUGCGGAGUUUCUUCUGCUUUGGUUGGGAUCCCCGGCCGCAGCACAUGGGAAACUUUCAGAGACUCAUUAAGGUGCUGUUCAAGGUGAAAGUGGACGAGAGUGACCCUUUUCGAGAGCUGCGGCGGAUUUGCGUGUGCUUGCUGAUGCAAAACUCGGACAAGCUCUUGGAGGCCUGCGAUCAACGAGCAAACACCAGGGACUUGGAGGCGAUCGCCAAGCGAAUAGUGCUGGGCCGCAGCUUUUUCCAGGUGUUGAAGGAGAUGAACUGUAGUGACAUGGGGUUCAGCACUGAAGACUUGGUGACCACCUUCCUGCCCCUGGGGGUCGUCGGUGGCUGGUGCAGCAUGCUCGAGCUUGACAGCGUGCUGCCAGGCUUGGGCCUUGUGAUCCCUGCGGCCUGCGCUUGCAUGGGCCUGGCGACUGUCUACAAGGAGGGCUUGGGCACGCUUGUGUCCAAGUUCUGCAAGCCUUCAAAAGAUGUCAUCAGGGGACCAUUCUUCGUGGAAGAAACCGAAGAAGAGGAUGACGAGGAUGAGGCUGAUGAGAGCCUGGAGGUGAACCUGGACGAGGAAGUCACCUUUGAGUUCCUGUUGGGCUAUGGGCAGUGGCAGACCGAUUUGAGGCUCACCUACGACGCUGUGAUCUCAAUGGACCUGAACCGCCUGAACCCCCCCCCCUUUGCCCACAAUUCCGGUGAUGCAGCAAGCCAACUCUUCCAAGUACCGUUACUUCCAGAAACCAGGGGAAGUUGGUGUCAAGUUUUGGGGAAGUGGAGGUAGGAACUCCAAGCAACAAGGCUGGAAAGCACAGAACUAUUGAGAACUGCUGAGCAAAAUUUGGUGCACGGAUUCUUUAACUCCCAGGACCUGCUGACGAGUUUUUGAGGGGAAUUGAUGACGCACGUAUUGACAACUGAACAUCUAUAUAAGCCAUUUUGUCAGAGUUGCCAGGAGGUCCAACAGCGGGCUGAAGACUGAAGCCUGCAGACUCUCGACUUGGGCAUAUUGCAUAUGUUCGGUUGACGUGACGAAAGUCUUGUUCCCGAAUUUUGCCAAAAAACUUUUUGUGAGGUCCGACAGCGGACUGAUGGCUGAAGACAGCACAUGUUCACGAUUUGGAUAAGAGAAACAGGACCUCCUGCGCUUACGAAAGACUUUCUUGAAGUCCCC